UCACAUCCCGGAUAAAUUGCGUGUUGAGGACCAAGUGUUCACGGGACAAAUAUACAAUAACGUCAAAUAUGAAGAUAUAGCAAAAACUAGUAGUAUUGAUUAGUAACCACAAUUCCAAAAUAAAAGCAACAAUUCCAAAUUUCCAAAAUCACUUGAAUAUCUUACUCUAACUUGAUCAAUUAUAGGAGAUGACGAGCGCACCAAAGGAAGGACAUGUGAAGCAAGCAGCAAUUUUAAUGAGUGUGCUUGCUGUUGGGUGGCUAGCCGUCGAGCUGGCUCUCAAGCCGUGGCUCGGCAAGAAAGGAGCCACUUCGGACAAGCCGGAACCUACUGAAGCUAAUGAAACUAGCGCGGCUCAUGUUGAACCUACUGCGGCUAAUGAUGAACCGGCGGUCCAAGAAGCUGCUCCAACAGAAGCUCAAGCCGUUGAAGCCGGUGAUGAUGCAACUACAAGCAGUUGAUUUUCCGUUAGUCGGCUUAGCGGCUGUGUUCUUUUCUUUUAAGCCUUUUUCAAUUUAAUAGCUUUAAUUAAACGAUCUUGUUGAUCUCUGUCCUGCCCUUGUGGCUCUCUAAACACCAAAAAAACUUAUUUAUCUAUGUACUGUUUCACGAUCUAAAAAGGUGGGAAAAUUACUAUGUAUUAAGUCAUUUAUUUUGAUGACAUGAAUAAUCAUAAUAAGUGCAUGAUUUCAUUGGUGAUUUAGACCAUUUAGUGGUCAUUGUUU